UAACGCGAGAGGAAACAAAACCGGUUAACAAAAUCACGAAGGCGUCGGAAAGACGCUGGUGGGCGUACACUUGACGCACUUGAGAACGACGCAACCUCCCUCCCACUUUCUAUAUAACUCUAAACUUUUACCUUCCUUCCGCCUCCUACAACAUUAAUCCCAAUUUUUAGGCCUUCGUGUUCCGCCGAGUUCUGAUUCCUCAGGCUAAAAGAAACAGUCUCUUUCGACUAAUACAGGAGUUGUGAACAUAUAGAAGAAAGAUGUUUGGUGCAUCUAAUCCCUUUGGACAGGGAUCUAACAGCAUCAGUCCUUUUGGGACCCAGACUCAAUCUGUGUUUGGUCAGAACAACAGCGCUACUAGUAAUAAUCUCUUUGCUCCGAAACCUUUUGGUGCACAGAGUGGUGGUUCUAUGUUUGGGGGCACUUCAACCGGUGUGUUUGGGCAGAAUCAAGCUUCUAGUCCUUUUGGCGCGCAGACUGGUGGUUCUAUGUUUGGAGGCACUUCAACAGGUGUGUUUGGGCAGGCUCAAGCUUCUAGUCCUUUUGGCGCGCAGACUGGUGGUUCUAUGUUUGGAGGCACUUCGACCGGUGUGUUUGGGCAGACUCAAGCUUCUUCCCCUUUUGGUGCUUCAUCACAAGGGUUUGGGAGCUCUACUCCGAGCUUUGGAGCACCUUCUGCUCCUGCCUUUGGCAACUCAACUUCACCUUUUGGUAGCACUUCAACUUUUGGACAGAAUGGCUUCUCAACGCCUCAGUCAAGUCCUUUCGGAAGCACCACACAACAAUCACAGCCUGCUUUUGGAAACAGCACUUUUGGGUCAUCUUCACCCUUUGGUGCCUCUACCACCCCUGCCUUCGGGACCACAAAUACAUCUACCUUCGGCGCCUCAAGCUCACCUGCGUUUGGCGCGGCACCCACUCCUGCCUUUGGUAACUCUGGCAGUGCAUUUGGCAACAAUGCUUUUGGUUCUCCUGCGUCUGCGUUUGGUGCUUCAAGCUCUCCUGCGUUUGGUGCUUCAAGCUCUUCUGCGUUUGGUGUUGGCUCCUCCCCAGCUUUCGGACAGUCUAUGCAAUCUCCCUUUGGAGCUCAAGGUUCUCAGGCUUCGACCUCAACCUUUGGGAAUCAACAAGGCGGUAGUAGGGUCAUGCCUUAUGCAUCUACAAUAGAGGCAGAUGCUGGAACUAACCCUGGGAAGCUACAGUCUAUAUCUGCUAUGACUGUCCACAAAAAUAAAUGCCAUGAGGAGCUUAGGUGGGAGGAUUACCAGCGAGGAGACAAAGGUGGAAAACUUCCUGCUGGUCAAACUAGUGUGUUCUCUCAGACGCCCACAAGUCCUUUCGGCCAGACACCUGCAAAUCAAACAAACCCCUUCCAAAGCACAAUAGCCGCAAACCCAAGUCCUUUCGGCCAGACACCUGCAAAUCAAACAAACCCCUUUCAAAGCACAAUAGCCCCAAACCCAAGUCCUUUCGGCCAGACACCUGCAAAUCAAUCAAACCCCUUUCAAAGCACAAUAGCCCCAAACCCAAGUCCUUUCGGCCAGCCAUCCACAAAUCAAACAAACCCCUUUCAAAGCACAAUAGCCACAAACCCAAGUCCUUUCGGCCAGCCAUCUGCAAACCAAACAAACACCUUUCAAAGCACAAUAUCCCCAAGUCCGUUCGGCCAGCCAUCUGCGAACCCUACAAACACCUUUCAAAGCACACCAAACCUUUUCAGCCAGAACACUCCAGCAACUAACACAAAUUUUUCGUCUCCCUUUGGCCAACCUACUGCUCCAUCCUUGUUUGGAACUUCAUCAAAUACCACAUCCGGUUUUGGAACAUCCUCUGGUUUUGCAACAAACACAACACAGCCAUUUAAUCCAUCAAGCACUCCUUCAAUUGCCUCUUCGUCAGCCUUCAGUCAAUUUGGCUCCUCUCCGUCUCUGUUUAGUUCGAGUCCUGCACAAGGGUCAACUCCAGCAUUUAGCAGUGGAAACUUUAACAACAGUCAGUCAGCUCCGCUGUUUAGCUCAAAUCCCUCAUUUGCACAGACUAGUUCUGGGUUUACACUGAAUACAAAUACCCAACCUAGCAUUUUCAGUACACCUUCCACUGGAUUCCCGAACAUGUCUACAAGCUCUCCAUCCUUUAAUACAAGCAUCUCUCCCUUUAGUCAAACAAAGGCUGUUGGUUUGACACCCCAACAAUCAACUCAGCCAGCUCAACCAUCUAUUAGUUUUAACAACUCUGGUCAGACCCAAGCAACUCAACCAUCCUUUAGCUUCAACAACUCUGGUCAGACCCAAGCAGGUGCCUUUCAAGUGCCUGCCAUGGCUAACCCCACUCCUACGCAACCAAACCCUGUUGCAAGCCCAUUUGGAACGCUUCCUGCUUUGCCACAGGUUUCAAUCGGUCAAGGUGGAAAUUCACCUUCGAUUCAGUAUGGAAUCUCCAGCUUGCCUGUCGUUGAUAGACCUGCACCGGCCAGAGUAUCACCACUCAUGACUUCUCGACACCUUUUGCAAAGACGGGUCAUGCUGCCUGCAAGAAAGUACCGUCCUGGGGAUGAUAGUCCAAAGGUUCCAUUCUUCAUGGAUGAAGAGAACUUCAAUACACCUAAGGCCGAUGCGUCUUUCACUCCAAGGCAAAACCCAAGAGCUUUGUUUAUACGCUCAUUUAAAAAGGAAACAGCAGCACCGCUGAAGGAUGAGACGACCCCGCUGCAGGAGAAUGGUAAGAGAUCGAAUGGGGUUAUUACUAAUGGAGCCAACAAUGAGAAUAAGAAUAAUGAUGAAGUCCGUGAUGCUCCUUCGGUCAAAGCCAAUGAGAAACUUAACGUGGCAAAUGAAAAUCACGGAGGCGACAAGAACGGCGCAAAGAGUUCACCAAGUAGAGCAGAAAUCGAGUCAUUGCUACCAAAGCUGCAUCAUGCUGAGUAUUUCACAGAGCCUCGGAUCCAAGAACUUUCUGCAAAGGAAAGAGCUAAUCCUGGUUAUACCGGACGGGUGAGGGACUUUGUCGUCGGGAGACACGGUUACGGAAGUAUAAGGUUUCUGGGAGAGACGGACGUGCGGAAGCUCGAGUUGGAGAAGUUGGUUCAGUUCAACAACCGAGAAGUGCUUGUGUACAUGGACGAGAGCGAGAAACCUCCUGUUGGUCAGGGACUGAACAAGCCAGCGGAAGUAACGUUGCUCAACAUAAAAUGCAUGGACAAGAAGAGCGGCAAGCAAGUGACGGAAGGCCCGAGGGUGGAAAAGUAUAAGGAGAUGCUCAAUAGGAAAGCUGGAGAACAAGGAGCUCAGUUUGUGUCUUAUGAUGCUGUGAGUGGCGAGUGGAAGUUUAAGGUCGAGCAUUUUAGUUCUUACAAGCUUGGAGAUGAAGAUGAUGAGUAGAAAAGAUCUAACGUCGUUGUCGUUUUGGUGUCUGUCUGUUACUCUUUCGUAGUCUUUUGCUUUUUUUUACCUCAACGUCCGUUAUCAGUUUUUUUAGGAAAUAUUGCAAGUUUGUUUUUGGAUUGGUGACUGGUGUCUACUGGUUUUCUCUCUUUUUGGUUCUAAUUCGAUUGGAGAUUUCAGGAUU